AUGCUGAACCCGGGACCAGAAAAAAUUCUCAAAGCAGUCCUGCAGUAUGAAAAGACCACAUCAGGGGUAGAGGGUCCCUUGCUACAGACUGAUUUUCCUACUGCAGAGACAACACUUGGAGAUGAUGUUCCUUCCAUUAAUGAGGAAGACAUUGUUGUUGAGCCAAAGUCUCCACAAUCUGUAGGAAAUGUACCUUUACCUUCAAGAAAAGAGGAUGCACUUCAAAAACCUGCAGAGAGCGGCAUCCAUACCCCAGACACACAAUCCCUCGAGAGUGACUCUAAAUCUUCAUCUUCAAAUGCAAAUGCUAAGAGGAAUGAAUCAGAUGAAUCAGCUAAGGUCAACACAGACAGUAGCAGUUCAGGAGAAAGAUUUUUCACAUCUGGUUUGCCACAGCAGAAAACUUUCUUUUUCAUAAAUGAGAAUGAAUGGAAGGAGUUACGGCAACAUCAGUCAGGAAGACUAUUUAAAGGACUGCAGUGGACAAAUAUAAUUGCUAGUGGAAUCAGAACCCUUAAUCCGUACUGCAGUUUUGGAUUUCGGAGACACAGUGUGAAAAAACUCUCUUCAAGAUCAAAGGCACCGGUUUUCAGGUGUAUGGGGUACUGCAGAUUUCAGGACUGCCCUGUUACUGUGGAUGUGGUGGUUUAUGACGAAGAGACACUGAAAGCAGAAGUCGUUUUUAAAGGAGGUGAGGUCUGCCAUAAUAACAAAGAGCUGAAAAGGCGGCCUGUGCGUGCACAAUCACGUCAAAGUGCUGGAGAACUCCUCAAAAACAAAUUACCAAGGAGCUUGUACUUGGAGUCUUUACAGAAAGUGCCACAAAAGAAAAGCCAGUAG